UGGAGGACACACACACUCACCGUCUCUCCAGAGAUCCAGGAAGAUGGUGAUAGUGAUGGUGGUGAUGGUGAUGGUGAUGGUGGCUGGUCCUGGCGCCACUAUAGAGGAGGAACAGCGUCUUCACUACAUCAAAUCAUCUACAGAGAGUUUCUUCGUAGCUCCGGGCUUAACUAUCUCACCUGUAGCUGCUGACUGGAUCCUGGCGGCCAAGAACACAUGUUUGUGUAGAAGGAUGUGUAUGGCUCGGGUGUCCUGUGUAGCGUGGUCAGCCGUGGUGUUGGAUGACGAUGACGACGAUGACUUGAGUAGUGUAGCCUUCGAUGAUGACGAUGACUUGAGUAGUGUAGCCUUCGAUGAUGACGAUGAUGAUGACGUGGAGUGUAGGCUGGCCAGGACGGGACCCACGGCGUAUGAUGUUCUUCACCACCCCAACGGUACUUACUACUUCAAGGAGGCUUUCAACACCACUGGCCUCAGCUCAGCUAACACCAUUGGCCCUGCCCAGCUAACACCACUGGCCCCUCGCUUCCAGCUUUUUCACCACUGGCCCCUGCUUCAGGCCACACCAUUGGCCCUUGGUUACAGUUAA